AUGCAGCUCCUCUCUCUGUUUUCUUCCUUGGCUCUCGCAUCUGCGGUGGUCUCGUCUCCUACAUCAGGCUUGAAGGCAAUUGUGACCCGCGCAGAUGAUCGGGGUAACUACACAGUUCCAGGGCUUGGGUCUCGCAAGCAGGAGGUCUUGAAUGCCGGUGGCAACACUCGUGACAUGGCUAUUGCGAUGCUAGAGACCGAAACCAUGACCACGGAUUACAUAUAUGGUGACGGAAAAACAGGCGACGCCACGAACUUUGGCAUUUUCAAGCAGAAUUGGUACAUCCUGAGAAAUUCUGCGUCUGAAUUCCUGGGCAAGACCGAAAGCGAGGUCGAUGAUGGUGCCAUCCUCAAUUCGGAUUUGCCACUGGACAUUCAGUCUCGCCAUGAGGGUGAGGAGCAGUACGGGUAUGAAACUUGGUUUAGCGGCCACCGCAAUGGAGAGUCGGGUAUCAAUAACCCAGGCACGGAUGACAUCAACGCAUACAUCGAUGCCAUAUCAUGGAUUCAACAGCAGAUUGAGAGUGACGAGAAAUACCAGAGUGACGAUACUCGGUUUUGGGUCGAUGUUGUUGCCAUUUAG